CGGAGGAGGAGGACAUGGGGCUCCUGGAGGUCAGUGUUCCGGACAUCAAACCCCAGCCCGGAGCUGGGCCCCAUGCCAGCUGGCCUGACCCCGCAGCAGGUGGUCCGGAGGCACAUCCUCGGCUCCAUUGUGCAGAGCGAGGGCAGCUACGUGGACUCUCUGAAGCGGGUCCUCCAGGAUUACCGCAACCCCCUGAUGGAGAUGGAGCCCAAGGCGCUGAGCGCGCGCAAGUGCCGCGCGGUGUUCUUCCGCGUCAAGGAGAUCCUGCACUGCCACUCCGUGUUCCAGAUCGCCCUGUCCUCCCGCGUGGCCGAGUGGGACGCCACCGAGAAGAUCGGCGACCUCUUCGUGGCCUCGUUCUCCAAGUCCGUGGUGCUGGACGUGUAUAGCGACUACGUGAACAACUUCACCAACGCCAUGGCCAUCAUCAAGAAGGCCUGUCUCACCAAGCCCGCUUUCCUCGAGUUCCUCAAGCGGCGCCAGGUGUGCAGCCCCGACCGCGUCACGCUCUACGGGCUGAUGGUGAAGCCCAUCCAGAGGUUCCCGCAGUUCAUCCUCCUGCUGCAGGACAUGCUGAAGAACACGCCCAGGGGCCACCCGGACAGGCUGUCGCUGCAGCUGGCCCUCACGGAGCUGGAGACGCUGGCCGAGAAGCUCAAUGAGCAGAAGCGGCUGGCUGACCAGGUGGCGGAGAUCCAGCAGCUGACCAAGAGCGUCAGUGACCGCAGCAGCCUCAACAAGCUUCUGACCUCGGGUCAGCGGCAGCUGCUCCUGUGUGAGACACUGACGGAGACCGUGUAUGGUGACCGCGGGCAGCUGGUCAAGUCCAAGGAGCGCAGGGUCUUCCUGCUCAACGACAUGCUGGUCUGUGCCAACAUCAACUUCAAGGGCCAGCUGGAGAUCAGCAGCCUGGCGCCCCUGGGGCCCAAGUACGUGGUGAAGUGGAACACAGCGCUGCCGCAGGUGCAGGUGGUGGAGGUGGGCCAGGAGGGCGGCUCCCACGACAAGGACAACGCGCUCAUCCAGCACGCUGGUGCCAAGAAGGCCUCGGCCGCAGGCCAGGCCCAGAAUAAGGUGUACCUCGGGCCCCCGCGCCUCUUCCAGGAGCUUCAGGACCUGCAGAAGGACCUGGCCGUGGUGGAGCAGAUCACCCUCCUCGUCAGCACACUGCAUGGCACCUACCAGAACCUCAACAUGGCAGUGGCUCAGGAUUGGUGCCUGGCCCUGCAGCGGCUCCUGCGGGUGAAGGAGGAGGAGAUCCACUCGGCCAACAAGUGCCGCCUGCGGCUCCUGCUUCCUGGGAAGCCCGACAAGUCUGGCCGCCCCAUCAGCUUCAUGGUGGUCUUCAUCACCCCCAACCCCCUGAGCAAGAUCUCCUGGGUCAACAGGUUGCACCUGGCCAAGAUCGGACUCCGGGAGGAGAACCAGCCGGGCUGGCUGUGUCCGGAUGAGGACAAGCAGAGCAGAGCCCCGUUCUGGUGCCCGAUCCUGGCCUGCUGCGUCCCCGCCUUCUCCUUCAGGGGCCUCAGCCUGCAGCUUGGGGCCCUGGUCCACAGUCCCGUCAGCUGUCCUCUGCUGGGCUUCUCGGCUGUCAGCACCUCCCUCCCACAGGGCUACCUCUGGGUUGGAGGCGGGCAGGAGGGCGCGGGGGGCCAGGUGGAGAUCUUCUCCCUGAACCGGCCCUCGCCCCGCACGGUCAAGUCCUUCCCACUGGCGGCCCCCGUGCUCUGCAUGGAGUACAUUCCGGAGCCAGAGGAGGGCGACGGCAGAGAUGGAGACAAGGGCUGCCCCGCCGCUGACACCUCGGCCGGGGUGCACCCCACCAUCUGCCUUGGGCUCCAGGACGGCAGCGUCCUGCUUUACAGCAGCGUGGACACGGGCACCCAGUGCCUGGCGGCCUGCCGGAGCCCAGGCCUGCAGCCCGUGCUCUGCCUGCGACACAGCCCCUUCCACCUGCUGGCCGGCCUGCAGGAUGGCACCCUCGCUGCUUACCCUCGGACCAGCGGAGGCAUCCCCUGGGACCUGGAGAGCCCUCCCGUGUGCCUGCCUGUGGGGCCGGGACCUGUCCGCGCCCUGCUGAGCCUGGAGGAGGCCGUGUGGGCCAGCUGUGGGCCCCGGGUCACCGUCCUGGACGCCACCAGCUUGCAGACUCAG